CCCACGCAACACCCCAUCAAACGAUAAUGGGAAGCUUGUCAACCGAGCACUGAGGGGAAUAGAGAGUGCCACUGAUACAAAGAUGCCGAUAUUCGACUAUUUCCAAAGCACUGAUCCAUAUGAGCUUGAUGAGGAGGAGAGAACGCUGCUCGUACAACUGCUACAAGAAGCGGAGGAGAAUGGCGGUCUUGAACCACAACUGAAUAACUUGAUGAACAAUUACAGAGUACAGGGUCUCGAGGAAGAACGGGGGUCUGCUCAAAAGCUCAUGGAUGCUUUACUCUUUGCAAUAUUACCCGUGCUAUUUGUUAAAAUACUGUCGAAUUUACUAAGCGCCGCAACGUACUCUAACGAUAUCUUUGAAGACAUUGUAAGGUUCCAGUCCAUUGGCAUCACCGACUUGCCAAAUCAUACGGAUGAAUGCCUUAUAAACUACUUUGCCACGGUAUUUAUAGAAGAAUGCGGCUCUGCAAUAGACCUUGUCAAAUGGGAGGACAUGUUCAAAUGGGGGAUCGUCGUUCUGUACCUUACCUAUUCAUUACUCGUUGCGAGCUAUAUGGUUUUCGCCUUUGUCUUCUAUUUCAUGUGCUUAGUGCUCACCACUUCGAGGAGAUGGGGUGAGUUGCACAAGCUGGUUUUGAACGUACUCAGAGGUGAAAGCGGUGUUUUCUGAUAUAUGGCUGCGUUUCACAUGGCGUACUUCACACAUUUCAUAUUCAUAAUGCAAAUUUCAUAAAUACACACUGUUAUAUCUGUAUACAUAUACCACCUUUCUUGAAUUUAUGACGGCAUGA